AUGGGCUGUUUUCAUUCUACAGCAGCAAAGAAGUUCCCUGGAUAUGAAAAUCCUGUCGUCCUUGCCUCUGAAACAACCUUUAGUGUAAGUGAAGUUGAAGCAUUAUUUGAGCUGUUCAAGAUUAUUAGCAGUUCGGUGAUUGAUGAUGGGCUAAUAAGCAAGGAAGAGUUUCAGUUGGCUUUAUUCAAGAGCAAACAGAAAGAAAAUCUUUUUGCAAAUCGGAUUUUUGAUCUCUUUGAUGUAAAGCAAAAAGGAGUAAUUGAUUUUGGUGAUUUUGUUAGAGCACUUAACGUUUUCCACCCAAAUGCCCCACAAGAAGAGAAGAUCGAUUUUUCAUUUAGGCUUUAUGAUAUGGAUGACACGGGGUUCAUCGAGCGACAAGAGGUUAAGCAAAUGUUGAUUGCACUUUUAGCUGAGUCUGAGAUGACGUUGGAUGACGAGACCGUUGAGAUAAUACUUGAUAAGACAUUUUUGGAGGCAGACUCAAAUCAGGAUGGAAAGAUUGACCUAUCUGAAUGGCACGACUUUGUGGGCCGAAAUCCUUCAUUAUUAAGGAUAAUGACUCUUCCAUAUCUAAGGGAUAUAACUACUACUUUCCCAAGCUUCGUAUUUCAUUCUCAAGUUGAUGAAGCUGCUACCCAACUAUGA